AUGUACAGAUUCACAACCAUUGACCCUCAGCGCGCCAUUGGCUAUCUUCAAAUAGAAUGUGCCUGUCAACGCUUCAACGUUUCAGACAAAUGUAAGCCGAAUUACGGUAGCUGCGACAACGGCCGCCGUUCCGUCCCUAUCGAGCUUUUAGAUGUCGCGGGUCUCGUCCCUGGAGCACACCAAGGUCGCGGUUUAGGGAAUAAGUUCUUGGACGACCUACGUCAUGCGGACGCCUUGAUUCAUGUGGUGGAUGUCAGUGGAACAACUGACGCAGAAGGAAAGGCAACGCGCGGAUAUGAUCCAUCAGUAGACAUCGAGUGGUUACGAUCUGAGAUUGUGCGGUGGGUCUUGGGUAAUCUGAUGCAAAAAUGGGGCUCUAUCAAAAGAAGACAUGUCGCGACAAAAUCGACGGCUGUGGAGACAUUACAAGGUCAAUUCUCCGGAUACGGAAGUACAUCAGCGACUGUUGCGCGCUGUCUGGAUAGGAUCGCUCUGAAGGAACCUCUUGAAGAAUGGUCGGACGAGACGAUUGAGCGGGUAGUCCAGGCUUUCAUUGAUGAAAAGUUUCCUACCGUUUUCGCACUGAACAAGAUUGACCACCCUGACGCGGAUAAGAAUAUCAGCAAGAUCGCCAAGAUGCAAGACCCAAAGUCAAUAGUGCUAUGCUCCGCGAUAUCGGAGGUGUUUCUUCGAAGAUUGGCGAAACAGGGUUACAUCAAGUAUACAGAAGGCAGCGAGUUCUUGGAUACACGAGAAGAUCUCAUAGAGAUGGGUGAUCCCGAUGGAGGCGGUCUAAAAGAAAUGGACGAGAAGUUGAAGAACCGUGUUGAGAACCUGAAAGAUAUGGUUCUCUAUCGCUUUGGCUCCACUGGAGUGGUGCAGUGCCUCUCGCGAGCAGCGGAACUCUUGGGACUUGUGCCGGUUUUCCCUGUUAGGAACGUACACACAUUUUCAUCUGGAGCCGGAAAUGCCGUGUUCAGAGAUUGUGUUUUGGUUAAGAAGGGAAGCACGGUGGCUGACGUUGCCCACAAGGUUAUGGGUGACGUUCCCAUCUCUUACAUUGAGGGUGUUGGCGGCACCCGAGUGUCUGAGGAUGAAAUAGUCGAAGUAGGGAAGCAUGAUGUCCUCUCGUUUAAACCUGGCCGAUAG